UUAAACAGCUGUCUGAGAGCAGAGGCAGGAUUCAAGGCUUGUAGUUUGGCUUUCCUGACAGCACAGGCAUUUUCAUAAGGAUCUCCCUUCUCAUCAGACCUGCUGCUAAAGGUAGACAUCAGGACCUAAAUGCUUCCAGACAGGAAGAUGUAUGCAUUAUCAAAUAGACCCCAAAGUAAGAGUGGGUUCAAGCCACUGCCUGUUGUGAUCAUAGGGAAUGGACCUUCAGGAAUCUGUCUCUCAUAUUUGCUGUCAGGCUAUAUCCCUUACUUCAAAAGAGACUCUCUUCAUCCUCAUCCCAUUCUUCAGAGGAAACUAGAGGAGUCACCAGAUGUCUCCAUUUUGGACCAGGAUUUGGAUUAUCUGUCUGAAGGCUUGGAGGGACGAUCCGACAGCCCUGUGGCUCUUCUGUUUGAUACUCUUCAGCGUCCAGACACAGACUUUGGUGGAACAGCAGAAUCUGUCCUUUCUUGGUGGCAUGAGACUGACAGAGCUGUCCCCCAUCUGGUCCUUGGCAAGAAUGCUCCUGGAGGUGCCUGGCAUUCUAUUGAGGGCUCUGUGAUUAGCCUGAGCAGAGGUGAAUGGAUGGGACUUCCAGACCUCCCAUUCAAGGACUGGCUAAAGCAAAAGAGAAGAGGCCUCAGAAACAAUAGAGCCACAGCAGAAGACAUUGCUCAAUAUUACCAACACUAUGUGAUGAAGAAAGGACUGCAGAAGAAUUUCAGAUGUGGUACUGUUGUGACCUCUGUGAGGAAAGUGAGUGCAGAGAGCAUCUCCCACUAUGCACAGAAAGAUCUGCAGGAAAAUAGUGACUCACUCUGGAACUUCAAUGAGGAAAGUAUGGAGGUCUUCCAGGUGGAUGGAUUUUUCAAAACUCUGAAAGGUGAUAAAGAGCACUUCUCUAUCUGUGCAGAGAAUGUGGUCUUAGCCACAGGCACAUAUGAUAGUCCUACUUGGCUUGGAGUCAAGGGAGAGAACCUUUCCUAUGUCCAUCACAAGCUGUCUGCCCUGGAGGAAGCAGUGAAGAACAACAGCAUUGGCAUCAUGUCAGAUCCAGUCUUGAUUGUAGGUGCUGGUCUGACAGCUGCUGAUGCCAUUCUCUUUGCUCACCAUUGCAAUAUUCCAGUAAUCCAUGUCUUUCGGAGACGGGUCAGUGAUCCAGGUCUGAUUUUUAACCAGCUCCCCAAAAUGAUGUACCCCGAGUACCACAAAGUCCAUCAGAUGAUGAAAGAACAGUCAGCUGCUUGUGCUGGGCCUUAUGAGUGUUACAUCAGCCUCCCUGAGCAUCAUGUGCUGUCCUUUGGCAAGGACAAGAAAUGUAUCUUUCAGGACAAGGAUGGCUACCAGAAAGUUUAUAAAGUUUCUAUGGCUCUUGUUCUAACUGGCUCAAACCCCAACCUCUCCUUCCUGCCAAAUAAUGGCAUGGACUUGGCAAUGGACAGUGGCCAACCAGUCAAUCCAAAGAGGAAUCCCAUAGAUGUUGACCCAUUCACCUAUGAAUGCACUCAGGAGAAAGGGCUCUAUGCUCUAGGACCUCUAGCUGGAGAUAACUUUGUGCGUUUUGUACAGGGAGGGGCUCUGGCUGCUGCCAGCUCUCUGUUAAAGAAAGCCAACAAAAAUCCCCCCUAACAAAAAAGUCCCUGUGCUACCUGUGUCUGAAGGGGUUACUGCUGUUCUCUUAGAAGCAAGUCAUCAGAUUUCUACAUCCUCAAAUGUAAAGCCCACUCCUGGUAUUCUCCAAGGUUAUGCAAAGAGUUACUAAGGUCUUGCUGAGUUAUUUGGGAAGGUUAAGUCCCUGAGUACAGGGUGGGUUUCACACAGAGCAGUACCUGGGAGUUUAGCUCCUUUCCUGCAUAGAUGUGCGUGGAAGCUGCCAGGGCUUUGAACCUUGUGCCUGGAAAAGAGAGGGGAGAGACAGUGAUUGCUCUUCUACACACCACCUUCCAGGCUGCUGAAAACUGAAUGGGGGAACAAUCCAUUAUUUGCAGACAGCAGGCUGAUAACCCUGUGGCUGUUAGUGCCUUACAGUGCUUGUGAAACAAAGCAAGCUGACAUGGUUUUAUUUGCUCCUGUGGCUCAGCUGAAUUUUCUUAUUAGACCAAAAACCACUGAAAGAUGCUGCAGGUACCCCUCUAGUACCUGAGGUGGUACUCUGCAGUUACAAACUGACAUAGAAAUAGUCAAAACUACAUUGUCUCACUGACACCAGCAGCAAGUAAUAUCUAAUACAUUUUAAUCAAAAAAUUCCUGUGAUUUUUUUUCUCCUCCUUGGGAAGGGAUAGUACUGCUUUACGAAACACUUGGCUUGCCAUCUUGCAGCUUUCUACUUUUUAAGUCCUAAAACUGUGAUGGCCAAGUUCUUGGCAGCUGCUGUUUUGACAGCAGAACUAAAGGAGAGCUACUGGUCUGUUUUGUAACUGCCCGUGUCCUCUGUGGGGCUUCUGCUGCACAAAAUUAUUUCAGAAAGAUGCAAUAUGUUAUGUAUUGUGUAAAUUUCUAAUGUAAUUGUUCUUAAAAUUCUAUUUGUGUAAAGGGGAAAUGGCAUAGUCCCUCUUUGAUAGUUUUAUGCUAUAUAUAGCAGUCUUUUUAUACUGGUUUUCUAAAACACUUUUAUUGGCAAAAUAUUUUGCUACAGGCUUUCUGUGAGUGUUUUGAAUGAGCUGGAGUGGGUGGAAGUGAUGCCUUAGGCUGCAAACAGCAUUCUCAACAGACCUGCAGGGCCUUUCAUACCUCUUGCAGGAAAAAUCAGUGUCAUAGCUAAUCCUGUUUGAUGUAAAACCAGGCUCUGCUCCCUGUGCUGCACUGAAACUUACUGACAUGACAGGAUGUGGCAUGUGUCUCUGGAAGGCUGACUGUGUGCAGAUGGUGGUGGUUGGUAAAUGCAUCAGCUUCAACUUGAGGUGUAGAAGGAGCUUCUCUAUGGUGCUGCAGUAUCACAUUUGAUUAUUUUGCUACUGACUGUUCUUAUAUGCAUUUUUUUCAAUAAACUGAUUUCAGAUUUA